UGACAGCCGGUAGCAAAAACUCUUCCUUCCUCACCAACAAACCACUACUGUCAUACAGACGUUCCACCAUCUUCCUUGCCUGGAUGGCCCCAGUUGAAACUCUGUCAUGCACUCCCCGCCCCCGAACACACCCCUUACUCUACGGGCCAUUCUCCUCACCUCAUCUUCUCCACUUUCAGAGCCUAAUCUUCCUUCCAUUCGCUUCCGUAUAACCCCUCACUUCCUGGUGCCUGACUGCAUUAUCUCUACAUUGACUGAUAGUUACAACAUUGGACACUGUGUAGAGACGAUAGUGCCAGUGGGUGGGCAAGUCGAAGUGGGCUUGACCGUGGACGAAGAGUCCUUAGCAGAGUGCGGAAUACUAGUUGAGGGACCAUCUUCAAGAGUGAUAAGGGGUGUCAUAGAAUCUUUCAGACUGAAUGCUCAGUCAUUAUCAUUAUCAACCAUAGCGCCUAUAGCACAAUCGCGGCAUGAUUCUUCAACUUUCUUACUCACUCCUUUAUCAUCCACGCCCAGCAAUAAUCUCCUUCUCACCCAUAUGAUUCCCACAGGCCAUCCAAUAUGCUAUCUCAAACGUUUCGAUGUGCAUUGCUCUUGGACGAUGACACGUACGGGUGGUGCAUUGAAACGUCUACCUGAAGACGAUGAGAAUGAAGAUGGACAGGCUCAAGAGGAUAUCAUCGAUGAUCUGAUGAUCCCCAACCAUUAUGAUUUCGCUGUACCACAUCAGAUGGGGUCAAAUGAAGAAGAUGGUGGGCGAGUAGAGCUAUUACUGGAAGAUCAGCAUCCUCGCAAUUGGUUGGACGACCAAAUCAGAAAUGCCUGUCAGAAACUCCUAUUGAAACACUUUUUACGGCGUUUUCCCCUCAUCUUUGAUGGAAGAUUCACUGAGACACUUCCCAAGUACAUUGUGCCUUCACAGCUGAUAUCAUCAGUUUCUCAUUUCGCAAGACUGUCUAUAGCAUACGAUACUCCUCUAAGCCAGAAAUUCGGAGAGAUUAUGGAAAAAGUCACAAGACAGCAACAAGAGUUCCUCUCUUUCAAAGUGGAUCAAACAGUCAAUCUCCCAGCUAGAAAGGAUCGCAAACUGGAGGCAGCUCGAAAAAGGCAAAAACGAUUGAAACAGGUAACGCAGGGCAAAAAUCAACUUGAUGAUACCCAGCAGGAGAAGGAACAGCCAGAUGAAAAUGACGCUACCGUUGAAAUAAACAGACGAAAACAAAGGUAUUUGGAACAAGUCAAAGCUUCAACAGACGCAUCUGAUAAGUACGGGAUGAGAUGUAAGGAACGGAGGAUCAGCCGAAUCAUAGGAGAUGCGAUAGGACUCAUCUGUCGUAGUGACUUUGAAAUGAAAAGGAAUCGGAGUGGAAGACUGAGUGCUGCGGGAACGAAGUUUCGAUAUCCAACAGAAGACGACGCCCAUCAGAUACCACCUACAUCUGAUACUCAACUGUUCUUAACCUCUCGGACUAAUCCCAACACAGCAAGUGAUACGUCAAGGGAUGAAUCGUCCAUUGAAGACACCUUGGCGGGCAGCAUGAGCUAUGAGAUACUUGUGGACGGCCAAGAGGAGCGGCGUCCAAUGCCAGGAGGAAAUGAGGAGAGUUUUGGGGAACAACGAAAGGAUGAGGACGAGGAUGUCGACGGCGAGUUUAUCAUGGACUACGAUUUGAACGACGAUCAGGAGGAUGAUGAUCUUCUUCCCAUAGAAUUAUGGCCAUUAGAAGAACAACCAGAGACGAGAGUAGUACAGUACGACAACCGAUCAAAGAAGCCUGUGGCCAUGCUCCGCGUCGAGCGUUUUGAAGAUGAUAUAACAGUGGGAGAUGGUGACAACAACGGCAUGGACUUUGAAGGUUUAGAAUUAGAGGCCACUUUUGUUGGUUAGAAGGAGAGCUCAUAUACAAUGUUUGUACAUGCAUGCUUCGUAAU